CCCUCGGGCCGCUGCCCGAGCUGGGACCCAUGGCGGGAGGCACGGGCGGGCACGAGGCUCUGGAGGGAACGCGGCCGGGUUUUAUCCCGCUUCGAGCACGUGUUUCUCCGGAGGGAUCCCCACGCUCGGCCGAGCCAUGGACCAACGGCAUCAACGAGGCCGGGAAGAUGGCCCUGCUGGCCUGGGAGAAGGAGACGGGCAUCGAGCUGGUGCAAAUCAAUGGGCAGAGGCGCUACGGAGGGCCCCCCCCAGGCUGGGUGGGCGGCCCGCCGCCGGCCGGCACCGAGGUGUACAUCGCCAGGCUGCCGCAGGACGUCUACGAGAACACGCUGAUCCCGCUCUUCGAGAGCGCGGGCAGGCUCUACGAGUUCCGCCUCAUGAUGACCUUCAGCGGGCUCAACCGCGGCUUCGCCUACGCCAGGUACGGCUCCCGGCAGGACGCCCAGAGCGCCAUCGCCGCCUUCCACCGCUUCCAGCUGCGCCAGGGCUGCGCCAUCGUGGUGUGCUGGAGCACGCAGAAGCGCGAGCUCGUCGUGAACGGCCUGGGCGCCUGGGUGAGCCAGCAGGAGCUGGAGGCCACGCUGCACGAGGUCACUGAGGGGAUCUGCAGGGUCACCCUGCACGCCAGCCCCUCCCACAAACAGGCCAAGCUCGCUGUGCUGAAGUACAGGUCACACGAGGCUGCUGCCCUGGCCAAGAAAGCCCUGAUGGAAGGGAAGCUGAGGCUCGGGGAAGCAAGGAUGAGGGUGGACUGGCUGGACCCCCAGCUGAAGCAGAAGCUGCAGCUCUGUGAGGAGGAGCCAUCGUCCAGCAGGGUGCCGGGGGGUGAGAGCCCAGCAGUGCCCCUGCCCCUGUCGCUGCAGAACGUGCUGGAGUGCCUGAACAUGCUGUGCUGGAAGCAUCACCUGAGGACACCCCUGUUCAUGACCAAGCGUGUCCAGGUGAACCCCAACGGGUGGCAGCGGCUCUGGUACCAGGUGGUGAUCCCGGGGUCCCGUGUGCCCAUCAGUGGCUUCAUGUGGAUCUCACCAGACAGGCAGGGCCAGAGCGAGCACGAGGAGGCCAAGGCGGUGGCAGCCCUGCACGUCCUCCGGCUGCUAGGGUGCCAGCUGAAGUAGGCUGGCUCUGCCACAGCCACGACUGAGCCCUGCCCUGCUGGGCUCCCGGCCCUGUUCCAGCUUUCCUUGGAGUUGUUUGCUUCGGUUUUGAGAGCUGGCUCUGGAGGAUAAGGGCUGCUGUGUCCAGGCAGCCCUUGAGUUGGUUCUAGUUUUGGGUUGUUGGUUUUCCUGGUUCCAAGUUUGGCUUCUGUUAAGCCGGUUUGUGUUGCGUUGGAUGGGCAGAUCCUGGAGAAGCAGCAGCAGCUCUUGGAGGGGCUGCCAGCACUGGAUGCCAGUGUGAUGGAGGGAAUUCCUGCACUGGCACUGCUGGCUCCUGAGGAGCAGCCUCAGGGGAGGACAGGGCCACACACAGGGAGAGUGGUCACAGAUGUUCUGUGGGCUGGGGGAGCUGCUGUGUGGGGAGAGGAGUGCCUGUAACCUGUUUGCAUAGUGAGGAAGCAGCUGUGGAGCUGGCAGCUGUCCAUGAAUGAUUCCUCAGGAGUGGCAGGUCUGGCCACACGUUGUCCUUUUGGGAUUAAAGAGUUCUGGAGAGCACAGCUGGGUCAU